AUGGUAGAGGAAGGGGUAGUGAAGGAGAAGGAUAAGACGGGAGAGCUCCUGUUAACCGCAGAUGAUAGUGCUGUAUCUAACUCAGAAAUACAAGAAACGCUGUUCCUUCCUCCGGGUACUACGACAGACGUGACGUCAUCCGACAUUCUAGGACUAGUAAAGGAAGAUAACUCGGAUCUUCUGAAUGUUGACGAUGACUUGGAUAAGUUAUUAUCAAUUAGCACCAAACCUAAACCAUCAGUGUCUUCCAAACCGCCCACAAAGCCACGACCCUCACCAAAACCUGGACCUAUAUCCAAGUCAAACACCGAGGAUUCAAUGUUUGGAGUGCAAGACGAGCACGAGUCGGAGCAAAUGGCAGAAGAUGACAUAUUGAAAUACAUUCAAGAUAACGCAGAGGGAGGGGAAACUAAAUUGGAUCUGUUCUGAGUGCUAAGAGUGCCCCCCCUCCCCUCACAAGUGCCAAGACAGUGUAAAAUCUUAUUUGUUUGUAGCUAUUGAUGGGUAUCUUUAUUCAUACACUCUUAAAAAUGUUGGGCAACAUUACUGUCCAUACAACAAUAAUUGGUUAAACAAAUUAUCAAACUGUGGGUAGCUUUCAACCAAUACUGUGUAGUUUCAACCCAAAGCACCCGUUAUUGGUUUAAAACUACCCAGAAUUUGAUAAAGUUUUAACCAAUUUAAAUUUUUUUUAAGAGUGUAUAAUGAGGAGAGCUGCUGCUGCAGUGAGAUGAGAUGUCUUCCUGAUAAUCGUACCACAAAAAAUAUUCAAAUAUAUUUAUACAUAUGAUACUUUUCAAUAGGCUUUGAAUGUCCAAAUUUACAUAAAUUUAUUUAAUCUAAUGUAAUUUCAUUUUCU